AAAAGUGAACCCAAGGAGAAAGACGAAAGUCAAAAAGAAGAUAAAGAAUUAGAUUCUUUCUACACCGAUGAUGGAGAAGAGGAACCGAAAAAAUCGGAUGAUGAACCAAAACUGGAGGAAGACAAAGAUGAAAAGCUAGAAAAUGAAAUCAAAGCUGCAUUUGAGGAUAACACACCAUUUGCAACUGCAGAAGAACAAGAUGAGGAUGUUCCAAUUGUAGAGGAUGAAGAAGAUAACGAUGAGAAGGAUGAAUUGAAAAAUAACACUGAGGAGGACGAUGACGAUUUUAAUUUCAACGAAGAUGAAACUGAUGGCAAGGGUGAAGAUCUAGAUGAAGAUGAAGAUGAGGAUGAUAAGAAAAAGAAGUAAAGGAACCAGUAAAUCACGAGUAAAGAACACGCCUUUAUUUUACACGAUUUUGCAAGUUUUGUAAUGCAUGUUCUGUAUUUUUAAGUUUGCACCAGUUUAAAUUUCAUACAGUAAAAUUUAACUUCAAUCACUGCUUCAAUUAUUUGUUUAGUUUUGCUGUGAAAGAGAUUUUUUUUCUAUA